UGCUGGAGUUCAUUUUCAAAUUCAAGUGUUCAUAGGUACUCGUUCUUAAUUUCUUUCCAUUGCCUUUUGAAAUAAGAAUUAUAGUUUGUUUUACUGAUUUUUAGAAAUUUCAAUAGCAACUAGAACAUGAGAACUGAAGGGUUUUUCCCUUCUGGUUUUGUUUCAAAUGCAGUGUAUAUUAAGCUCUGAAUAUUGGGUUCAAUCAUUGUGUGGCAAGAAAAAGGAUAAAUACCAGUUUUGAGAUUAUCUUAUUUCAAGAACAAGAUGAGUUCUGCUCCUAAACAAAAUUCGUUCUGUCUGAAAUGGCCUUGGGAUGUAAACAAACAGACCAAAAGCCCUAACCUUUGUAACUUUGAAAGUCCUUGGUUAUUGAAGUCAAUGCAAAAUCUUGGUUCCCUUGUUCUAAACACCUUCAUCUCGGUUUCGGGAUCUUCUGGUUUAUGGGUCAAUAAUUUUAAGCCUAUCCAAUUGGCUAGCGGUGCUACUCAAAACGGCAACUUGAAGUUCAAAGGGAGAACAUUGAGUCCUCAAGAACAAGGGGAAUCAGAGCAGAGAGCUUUCGCAUCCGCACUAUCGAGUGGGAAGGAGGCGACCGUGAUUGAGUUUUACUCACCUAAAUGUAGUUUAUGUAAUUCGUUACUUAAAUUUGUCAUGGAGGUGGAAAAUAGGAAUUCAGAUUGGCUCAACAUUGUCUUGGCUGAUGCUGAGAAUGAGAAAUGGCUGCCUGAGCUUCUCCAUUACGACAUCAAAUAUGUUCCCUGCUUUGUGUUGUUGGACAAAAACGGACGUGCACUUGCAAAGACGGGUAUUCCGAGCAGUCGGCUGCAUGUAGUGGCGGGUCUGUCUCAUCUUCUCAAGAUAAAGCGUCCGGCAUGCAGCAGUAGCUCUCGCUCAUCUUCUCAUGAAUGACUUGUUUUCGCCAUUGUAAGUUCAUGGAGCACAUGUUAGAGUCGCUGUAAAGUAGGUUUUAAGAAAUCCUUACAGUGAAGAGUU